AUGACGAAGAAAAGAAAAAAUAACUCUGCCUCGGUAUGGGAGGCGACAGCUAUCUUGAAAGAGAGAUAUGACAAGGAAAAGGAACGUUUAUGUUAUCUGGUACAAUGGGCUGGCGAAGAUGAACAUGGAAAUAAAUGGAAUCCAACUUGGGAGCCCGAUGUAAAUUGCGGUUCUGCUUUAAUUGACGAAUGGAACGAGAGAAAAAAAAGAAAUGCUAUUGGGUCAGGUAACAGUCAAGAAGAAAGUACCAUGGAUUUGGGUUACCGGAAAAAUGAGAGCACACCAAUGUUGCCAACGAGUACAAAAGCACGAAGCGCUAUUCUUUACAGUUCGCCAGUUGAACCAACAAAUAAAAAAUCAUUAAUUAACGGCUCACCAACCGAAAAUUUGCGGAACGUUAACGAAAAAAAAAAAACACUUGACGAGCCAUUACUUGUUGACGCUACGUGUAUUAAUACCGACUCUAAAUUCCAGGAUAGUGAUGUUAAGUCAGGAAGUUGCUCUAUAUCUGAUGCACUUCUGGAAAAUGGUCAAAGUCAGAAGAACAUUACGAAUAGUAAAGGCAUUCAAAGAAGGAAAAGUGAUCAAAGUACAAAAAGUAUCACCAGAACUAAUUCGUCUUCAUCCUCAAAAUCAUAUGUGCGCAAUAAUUCAUCACCAAAAAGUCUUGGCAAAAGGCCUGCUCUUUCAACUGGAAGGGCUGUUACCAUUUUUAAAGGAGCACCUCAUAAAGAAAAAUAUUCGGUUCGCAAUUUGGAUCGAAAGCUCGGUAACAGAAGUGAUACGGCCACAGAUAGUUCUGAACGCAAUGUAACCAAGUCACCAAUGCUAGGCGUUGAAUACUCGGAUAAGUCUAACUUAAAUGGUAAUGGUUCCCAGCAGUUUUUCAAGCUUACACUUCCGUCACGAUCUGGUCGAUUAUUUAUCGCUAAACAGAUAAGUCCGCAGAUCAAUCGAACAAUACCAAAUAAGAGAAGUAAGUCUGCACAUACUCCUACUAAUACUGACGUAGACGAGAAACUAGCGUCACAUAAAAAACCACGUUAUGAAGAAUCGCUUUUCAGCGAAGAGGAGGAAACUAUAAUUUCCGGACAAGUUCUCACGGUCAAUCAGGUUAGACUUCCAAUAGAAGGUGAUAAUGUUAUAGUGACCAGGACUUUACAUAAUCCAUCACCAAAUAGCACACCUUCACCCAUAAAUGUCAUAAACGAUCCUAAAGUAUCAAUACAAAAAUCCCCUGAUGCAAGUACAAUGAUUCCGCUCGUUCGUGAAACUAGCGACUCCCAGUCUCCUAAGCUGCCUUCUAAUUCAUCUUCACAACACAGAGCAAGUAUCAUGGAGAUUGUUACAAGAAAUGUUAAAGCUUCCUCUUCGAGCAGCUUAAAACAAAUACAAUCUCCCGUAACACCAAAAAGUAGCGUGGAUGAGUCAGAAUUUUAUUUGUCGAAUCGUCCCUUGAAUAAAUUAGAUGGAAAAUUUAAAAAUGAUUCAUCAAAUCUUCUUAAAAAAUCUAAAUUUGAUGGUUCUAAUUCGACUCAGCUUUACGCCGGGAAAAAACUUCCGCCUUUAUCGAGCGGCAGGGAUGGAAUGUCUACUUCGGAUUCACGUACAUCACAGAAGAAAUCUGCGAAUACUAAUAAUGCAGAUUCGGACGAUAAUGAAGAAGAGGGCUAUAUUAUAUCAUCACGGUUGGUACCAUCAAACUCAAUUGAACCAGCAGUUCACAAUCUUUCGCACACAAGCAAAAUAAGUAAUGGACAAAAUGAGGUGACACCUAUACGAAAACCAGUAAGCAAUGGACAAAAUGAGGUGACCCCUAUACGAAAACAAGUGAGUAAUGGACCAGGCGAGAUGACACCUAUGCGAAAACCAGUGAAUAAUGGACAAAAUGAGGUGACACCUAUACGAAAACCAGUAGGUAAUGGACAAAAUGAGGUGACACCUACAAGAAAACCAGUUACUCCCGAUGACCAAGGUAUGACAGAGGAAAUCGAGAAGCUACGGAAGGAGAUUUCCAAAAACAAGGAAGAACUAAAAACCACGAAAAAGAAUUUAAUCAAAGUUCAAGAAGAAUUAGAGAAAUAUAAGAGACAAGACAAAAAACAGCAAAAUGAUCAAAAAAAUGCUAGUAAAAAAGUGGAUGUGUUGAAUCGAAGCCCUAACUCACGAGAUUGUGCACAGAAUGUUGAUAUUGCAUGUCAUGGUUUCACAGAUUUCUCUGCACUGAGGGAAUAUAUUAUCAGAGCAUUUGUUCGCAUAGAGGAGAUAAGCUCGAAAUUUGAUGCAUUGAGAAACGAGUCAGACAAUGAGAUGAGAGUUUCAUCUCGUGAAACAAGUUCUAGUAUUAAAAGGGAAAGGUUGAGACGAAUCAUCUUAGAGAAAGAAUUGGAAUUAGUGAAGGAAACAUCCAUGAUUUCGAAGGAUACCAUCAAAUUUUUGUCCGAGUUGAGCUUUUCGAUGGGACUAUCACUUGGAAAUUCUAAUAACUCUAUCAAUGGCAUUCGCGCAAAUAGCGAAGAUAGAGUUAAUACAGGUACAAGCAAUAAUCAGCGGCGCAGAGAAAAUAACGGCAGAAAUUCGAUUAGUCUUGACAAUGCGUCUGUGAAUGGUCAUAAUUCGCAGAAUGUUAAUAAUAUUCCUGCAGCCGAUAACGUUGUUCGAUCCAAAACGACGGGUACUCGGAAACAUAAAGACGUACAUGGUAGCAACUUUGUUACUGUUUCUGACGAUGACUAUAUUAUCCUGCCAAAACAUCCGGUUUCCGAUACGUCGCCAUCAUCCUCAAGUGCUUCUUCCAAUACAUCACCUAACAAUUCUAUGUCUAAAAGCCCGAGUAAUAGUGGUGCACGUCGUAAAUUUACUGCUAUUAGUGGGUUCCCCUCUACAACGUCCAUCUCCGACAGUAAUCCAAAUGGAAACAAGCAUACCACCACAAAGAUUACCUCAAUCUCGCCUAUUACUGAUCCAUCAUCGAGCAAAACUUUGUCUCUAAUCGGACAGGCGGACCGGUCACUCCAAAACAACGCUACCACGAGUUCGAAUUUAGGAAUGGAGCACAUUGGCGCCGAAGGAUGGAUUGCUAUUUUCGAGCUAAAGGGCCCGCCUUCAUACGGUAAUAACCCUCCUUCCUUUGAGUUCUCCGGAUUCAUAAUAGCCACGAUUAUUUCGAUUUUGAAUUUGCAUAAAAAGAAUUGGUUAAAUUUUAAUAUUGUCGCAUUCGGCGAUUCUCUAACGGACAAUGGUAAUUUAUGGAAGAUGAGCAAUGGCACAAUCCCAUCGGAAAAAAUUUACUUUCAAGGGCGAUGGACAAAUGGUUUUGUAUGGGUGGAACUUGUUGAAUCAAGAUUAGGUGCAAAGUUGACAGAUUGUGCUUUUGGAGGUGCUUUGACAGACAAAAGCCUUAAUGGCUCGAAAUCCGAAAAGCUAUUGUCCAUUUAUUCGGUUCCUUCGGUUAAAGAACAAGUGGAAGGAAUAUUACCAAACAUAACUAAAUUUCCCCCUCAAACGACUUUCACAUUUUGGUCUGGAAGUAAUGAUUACAUGAAAAUAUUCGAGAACAAUCUCACCAUCACACCCACAGAUAUAAUAGCGUCAAUUCAAAACUCGGUUUCACUCCUUUCAUCUUCAGGAGCACGAAGAUUUUUAUUCCUAAAUCUUCCGCCGAUUCAUCGUAUUCCACAUUAUAAAUCUUAUAAUAACCUCACGCGUUUACAAGACCUCGUUGAAAAUCAUAAUAUUCUAUUGAAUAAUACAAUAUCAAGUAUUACCAAGUCUAAAAGAAUCCAAGCGGAAGUGUUUGAUGUUUGGGGAUUCGCGGAACGCGUCCUUAGUGACCCACAGAAAUUUGGAUUCAAGAAUACUGUGGAUUCCUGUUUGAAUCUGAAUAAGCAAGAAUCUGUUGGCGGCACCGGGUUAAAUAAGGUCACCGGAACAAAUGUCGUGAGUUCAAUUAAAACUUGUGAGAAUCCCGAUGAGUAUCUGUGGUGGGAUGAUGUGCAUCCAACAACGAAAGCGCACGAAUUAUUGGCCAAAGAAAUUGUAAUGUUUCUAAAAUCGCUUGCCGGAUCUUGUUUGUAUUUGGCAAGCUGUGGUUAG